UUUUCUCGUAUUGAUUUGAAUCUUUACAAGCUAUGUCUUGUUGGUGACUGACUACCGUUAAAUGUCAGUGCUAGAGUAUGCUUUAACAUCGAGAAACCCAUUUGACAAACAUUGCUUGGUGCUGAGUUCAUCCUUUUGGAGAUUAAAAGCGAAAUCACCUAUUAAUUAAUCCCAGUGGCGGAGACAAGGACAUGGAAUCGAAGAUAGCAUGGUGAUGAAUUGAGAGACCGAAUCCGUUCAUCCUCGUGCCCCUCAGGUGAAGCAGACACGGCGCCCAGGUCCAGUUUUUCCGUUGAUCCGCACAUCUUUCCCACUCAGUGGAUGGAUCUGUUCAGCUGGAUACAGUUAAAUGGAGAUCCGAGUGUUAUUAGAAGGCUGCUGAGUUCCACCCUAACGUUGAAAGCUGUCAAAUGAGCGGUGGACCAAACAUCUCCAUCUUACCCAGUGUCUCCUUUCAAGUUCAUGAGUUUCAAUCUCUCACCACAUUUUCUUCAUUUGACUUCCUUUUAAUGUUUGGCUUAUUACUUGAGAUUGUGACAUCAGUCCUGCCUAGUCAGAUUUCAAGAAAGUGGUGAGCUCUCCCAAAUCGGGCUUUAUUUGCAAGACAAGAGUUUUUCCGAUGGACUGAAAUGGAUUCACCUCAAAUCAGAGAUGUCAGCAAUUUCCCAAGGCACCCUUGUUUUCAGCUUGUCUUAAUGAUGGACACUGUCCUUAGUACAUGAUGAGGGAUAAUUUUGGGAAGACCCAAAGAUGCCCAUUACCCAGGAAAAUGCUGGAUGUCACCUCUCUCUACUGGAAUGCUGGCUAAACACCCAGGCAGUACAAGAUCCAAGAAAUUCUAAACCACAUGUAUGCCGAGCAGCUGUCCAGAAGCUGGUGGAGUACAUCCAGCUAAACUUUAAUGAUGGGGCCAGUGCUCUGCAGAUUUGCACUGAGAAGGAGGGUAUGGAUCUGGAGGUGCGGGCUGUUUUUCUUACCAAAUCAGAUGAGGAUGAUGGAGAGUUUGGGUUGAGCUUUGGCAACAUUCCUAUUUUUGGCGACCCUGAAGGGAGGAAGAAGGGUGGAAGGCGACGACGUAGAAAGGGAGACAGAUUGCCUGUUCUUGAUGUGGGAUGUAUUUGGGUGACAGAAGUGAAGAAACAGACCCCAGCAGCAAGGUGUGGAGAAAUCAAGCUCAGAGAUGAGCUUCUUUCUCUCAAUGGGCAACUAAUGGUUGGGGUUGAUGUCACUGGAGCAAGUUAUCUCGCUGACCAGUGCUGGAAUGGCGGAUGCAUCUACUUGAUCAUGUUGCGUCGUAUCAAGCGUAAAGCUCCUCUUCCUCCUUGCAAUGGCAGCAGUGGUAUUGAACACAAGACCAACAUAUCUUCAGAAGCCGGAGGUAGUCCUGUCCAAAAUGGGAAGAGAACCCGUAAGUUUGGUGUUAUAUCUCGCACCACCUUAGCACGAGACAGCAAGGAAAACAGGGAUUCAGAUCAUGAAAAUGGAUACUGUACUUCCAUGGCUUUGGAAACAACAAGCCCAGAGGAGGAGCACUGUGAGGAGAAGUUGAGCUCAAGCCCAGAAGAGCAAAUUCUUAAUGGAGAUACCGCACUGGCAUUGACCUGUGAGCCUUCAAGAAUCCGCCACUUAGAAGGAGGGAAAAUGAACUCCAUUAGUAGCGAACACCCUGGCCAUCCACAGUCAAGAGAAGGGAGUCGGAUAUGGAAAAUGCAUAUGGUAAAAGGACAAGAUGGUUUGGGUAUCCAGAUUACAGGUGGACGAGGUUCAAAGAAGUCUCCACAUGGCAUCAUAGUGGCCCAUGUAGAGGAUGGUGGAGCUGCUCAAAGAAUAUCAUCAAGUCGAAAUUUGAUGGUUUCCAAAGUACUACUCUACCUGGAGAGGGAUGGAAGACUGAAGGCUGCUGAUGAACUGUUGAUGAUCAAUGGCCAGUCCCUGGUUGGUCUUUCUCAUCAAGAGGCAGUUGCAAUUCUGAGGUCCACUGCUGGCCUUGUUCAGCUUGUUGUUGCUAGUCGGGAGGCAUCUGAACUGGACUUUCACAAGUAUCCCUCCAGCAGUCUUCCAGACUUAGUUAGUACAUGCGCAUCCCUUGGCAUUUGCCCAUCUCCUACUGAGAAUAAAGAAAAUAUGGAGCCAGAUGUGGAAGAUUUAUCAUCUAGCUGCCUUUCUUUGUCAGCUCAAGACUCGAUUUUGGAAACAGAUAAGUUUCAAGAACACGGGCGGACUGAAGAGCCAAAAGGAUGCUGCAGAAGUCCAAUACCAAUGAAAUUCCGAAGUCGUUCCCAAGGUGGAGGAAGUCGCUUAGAGUCAGUAGGAGAAGAUGAUGAGCUGGUUGUUGAGAAUGGGGAUCUUAGUUGUGACUCACCAGACAAGCCUACACAAGGAGGCCGCAAGCACUCCCUCCCUCAACAGCUUGACACAGUGGGUAUUCGUCAGGAAUAUCAAAUCGUAAAGAAGUCGUCUCGCUCUCUCAGCACUGUUCAAGUUGAGUCUCCAUGGAGACUUGCCCAGCCUUCAAUUAUAUCCAACAUUGUAUUGAUGAAAGGGCAAGGCAAGGGCCUUGGGUUUAGUAUUGUUGGCGGUCAGGACUCGGCACGUGGACGAAUGGGAAUUUUUGUGAAGACAAUUUUUCCCAGUGGUGCGGCUGCUGCAGAUGGAAGGCUUAAGGAAGGGGAUGAAAUUCUAGAAGUGAAUGGUGAGUCUCUACAGGGGCUGACCCAUCAGCAAGCAAUCCAGACCUUUAAGCAACUGAAGAAGGGUGUUGUAACACUGACAGUGCGGACUCGACUACGUAGUCCUAGCCUAACUCCCUGUCCAACCCCCACAUUGCUGAGUCGUUCCAGCUCUCCCAACUCUAACACCAGUGGGGGUGGCACUCCAGUUCCCCUUGGAUCUGAAGAUGGAGAUGCUUUAUCUCGAAAGGGUCCAGGACCCAAAGAUUGCAUCAUUAUGGAAGUAACACUCAACAAAGAGCAUGGAGUUGGACUGGGAAUUGGAGCUUGCUGCUUGACUCUAGAGAAUAGUUCCCCUGGAAUUUAUAUCCAUAGCCUUGCACCAGGGUCAGUGGCAAAAAUGGACAGCAGACUCAGCCGUGGAGACCAGAUUCUUGAAGUGGACUCUGUGAGUCUGCGGCAUGCAGCUCUGAGCGAAGCAUAUGCCAUUCUUAGUGAAUGUGGACCUGGACCAGUUAGUCUGAUUAUCAGCCGGCACCCAAAUCCUAAGGUUUCUGAGCAGGAGAUGGAUGAAGCUAUUGCACGCACCACUCACAGAGAAAGCUUGAGUAAAGAAGGACAUUCUCCUCAUAUACUUGGCCCACCCUCCAAAAGCCCAUCUCCAAGUGUAAAAUCAAAGCAAAGUGAUGGCUCGUCCUCUCUCAGCUGGACAUUGAAACGCUUUCUUGAACCAGUAAGCAGGCAAGGAUCAGUUAGUUCUGAAACUGAGCUCUCUCAGUACUUUUCACAUGACAUCCCCAGUCAAUCUUCUUUCUCUGAUACCUUGGGAACAGGAUCAAGUGAUGAAGAGCAGCUCCGGCAUAAAAGCUGUGAUACUUCUUUAGACGAAAAUUCAAAUCUACCCAUCAGCUCAGUUGAUUUUAAAGAGCCAGCUUCAGUCACCAUGGAUGCAAGCCAUAUUUCACCUGGGAGUAAUGGGAAUGCAAAAGGUCCUGCAAGGAGACAUGUGGAUAUUGUACAGCAGAAAAGUGUAACCAAUAGUCCUAACUCCGUGCGCAGCCCUUUGCUGAGACAGAGGCAUGUAAUAUGCUAUGAAGAUGAUAUGAGUGAUGAUGAAGAUGAUGAUAUGGCACAUGCAGAAAAACAUGGCUCCCUCCUCAGGUUUAGGAGACCUCUUAAAGGUGGCAUAAAAGGAUUCAAUAAUACAGUAAAGAGUAUGCCAGAAGAUGCUUCUGGAAUAAUAAUUGCUACUUCUUCUGUUGAAGUAGAUGAUGAAAGUCAAGACAGUAGUGAGAUGCAUAGAAGCUUUAGUGGGGAAGUGCCUACAUCACUCUGUGGAAGCUCCAUUGAGUCAGCGGAUGGAAAAAUAGCAGACCAACCAUCACAGGGUUCUGAAUCUCCUUUCAUGCCAAUUCGUUCUUUUGAAUAUGAAGGUAGUAACAACAAUCUUGGAAUUAAAAAGGAGAAUCAAUGGGAGGGCCAACUAGAAUCAAAGCGUUCACCCAAAUUAGAGCAUAAGGCUGUCACUAGAGUCAAAAGCAUGAUGAGCAUUGAGUGUCCAAAUGUGUCUCAUCGAAUGAAGAAUGAGGACCACAAUUGCCAGACUGCAAACAAGGUGAUGCCUCGACCUCUACCCCACAGCAAAAAACUUGAAGGAGAUGAUUUCAUAGGGGCCUAUUACUUUGAAACAGUUCAGCUAGUAAGGAAAGAGUCUGAGUCAUUUGGUCUUGACUUGGAGAUCAAACCGGUGCCUUUGAAGAUGAUGAUAACAGGCUUAAGGCCAGGUGGUGCAGCUGAAAGGGAAUCCUCAGGAAAGCUGAGCCCCGGCGAUGAGAUUGUAGCGAUUGGCGGUACAUUGAUCAGCUGCAUGUCCUACCAGGAUCUCUGCAACCUCAUGCACAGUCUGCCCAUCACGCUGACAUUUGAAGUCAAGAAGUCAGUGUCUGCUGUCGAUAGAUUAUCCAGCCUAAUGAUGUCAUCAGUUUCUGAUGGACCACCAAGAUCAGGUCACAUUUCUCUUUCAAGUACCGAACAAAACACUGCUGCCAGUUUCCUGAAGGAGCCCUCUGACCAUCAAGAGUGUACAAAUUAUGGUUCUGUGCUGCCACCUGAAGAUGAACCUGUAAAAUUGCAAGACAUUAAAACUGAUUCAUUACAGAAGGAUGAAAAAACAGACAAUCCAGUUACUUACAUUGAUGAUUUUAUAAAUGAACUAGCCUCAAAAGAGGAGUCUUCUAAGGCAUUAUCUUCAGCAAAUGAAACAAAUGCACAGGAAAUCCCUAAUUCCUGCACAUUAAGCAAUUUGACACCUUCAAGCAAUCUCGAUGUAUCACAGACACUACCGAAUAGCCUUGACUUUUCAGUUUUGGAUGCUGGCAAUACCAACAAGUUAUUCAACGUAAACAAGGGCUUUUUAAAUAACUAUUCCCGAAACUUUAACAGUCUGUCUGAAGAGGUGUUUAGUCAUUUGAAAAAUGUGGAAGAGCUUGAAGACUUUGGAAAAUCAAUGUAUGACAAGGCCGAAGAUAGCGAUUCAGAAACGGAAAGCCUGGAAACACCAGUCAAAUGCCAAACUUCCCUGCAGAUCACAGAUUCAGAUGAGGAGCAGGUUGAAAUUUGUUAUAGUGUGUCUCUCAACCCUGGCGGAUAUUCUGUAGCUAAAGAUGAAGACAGUAGUUCAACAAAAGAUGGUAGUUCACUUCAAUUUAUGGAGCCUACUCUUUCAAACUCGGAUUCCAAUUUCUGUAAAAAGAAACUGAUGAAGACCCACUCGGAGCCACUGCAGGUUUCAUCUUCAGUUUUGGAGCAAACAGACAGACAGAGCAGUGAAACAAUCGUGGGAUCUAGUAUGACCAAAAUGACACACUCUCCAAACUUCACUUUCAAGCCCAGCAGUGCAUUUUACACUCCAGGUAAAGACUUUGUGAUCGACGAUGAAAUUAAAAAUCAGUCUUUCGCAGAUGGUCUAUCAGCUGUUGAUACUGACAGGCUACAUAACCCUGAAGACACUGACUUAAGUACUUGUGGUAAAGAUAUGUUACUGGAAAAAACACAAGUUACAAAAGAAGAGAACUAUGAAAUGUGCAAAGAGUCUAUUAUACCUGUUGAAGUUUUUCCUCCUUUAGCAGCUCCAUCACUGUUAUCAUCCCCACCAUUAGUAACUGAUUCAAACAGUGUAGUUGUUAACACCACUAAGGUGGGCAAAAAAAAGAUGCCUGCUUUAAGCGGAAAAGAGAAAGACAACGAAAAGGGAAUGACCACAUAUGGUGCAAAAAUAUCUUCUUCUCAUAUGUUAACCAACCAGAGUCACAGGGCAGUUCAGAUGUCAAGCGAAUUAACAAAUGUCACUCAAGCAAAUAGCAAAACAAAACUACAAGAAAAAACCCAACGGUCAAAUGCAGCACCCAAAUUGAAAGGGCUUUGCAUUAAAAGUAAAAGCAGAACACAAGAUCUCUCGAAAAGUGAAAUCACAAAAUUUGAAGGGUUAUCUCAAAAGAAGACACCUGUCACUCAGCAGCAGUCACCUAAGCUCCAGGCCAAAAGAGUGUCUGUGACUUACAGCUUGAAAUCAAGUAAGCAGUCAGAAAAGGAAUCGCUGGCAGAUGGAAGUGCAGACACUGACCACCCGAAAGAAAGCAACACAUUGGAACUGGCUCAUUCACACAUUAAUAUUACUGUAGAUAAAAGUGAAAUACUAGCCCAAACAAAUGGGCCCUUGAAGGGUGUUAAGGUGACAUGCAGGAAAUCAGAAGCCCUUGAUUUACAGGAAGAUGCUGUUCCAUCAAAUGUCCCUCUUAAGGAGCAGUGUGAAGCAGCUUUACCACAAAGAAGUUUCAUUGAAGUCCGGCUUUCAUCGUCUUCUUUAUUGUCAUCUUCCACUACACCACUGUCAGUGACACAUUCAGAACAUGGAGGGAGCACUGAUAAACAUAAAACACUUGAUAUCCAUGAUCCAUGCCCCACAAUGCACCUGGAAUGGAGUGCUGCAUGUGACCGUGAGAAGGCCAGUGAUAAACCUCAUAUGCAGCAAGAUAUGAUUUGUACGAUGGCCAACGGGUUAUCUUGUGAAAACGCUUCUUUGUGCAUGUCAGGUGAUGUGCCUAAGCACGAGCUGCAGACUUUGAGUGUGGUCAAGGUAGCAGAACUAGAUGCACCGAAUUUGCCUGCCAAUAAGGUUCUUGUUAACACCAGACAAUCUGUGGAUGUUUUGAAAGGUUCAAAGAAAACAGAAAAUGAUGAACAAAUAAAGCUUAAUAAGUUGAAAACAGAUAUCAUGAAGAUGGAAAGAAGGAGUUACUCCACUGAUGGAGCUCUGCCUGCAGAUCAUAAUUCUUUUUCUGUACGGCAAAGGAUCAAGUCAUUUGAAAACCUAGCUAGUUUUGAUAAGCCAGUUGUAAAAGCCAUAGAACUACAAUCUUCCAGUCUGGCCUCCAAACCUCCAAUUGGCAGGAGGUCCUCAAGCAGCAUCAUUUCCCCUAGUGUUGCCAACCAUUCAGUAGAUGGAAUGCGCUCAUUGAGACGGAGUUUAAGCUCGUGUGCUGAAGGUUCCAGCGAAGCCGCUUUGACAUCCCCUAACCUGAUUAAGUCACCAUCCAUUGUAACACUUGACAGCUAUGAAUCCACUGCUACAGAGAAUAUGAGUGAAUCUCAAAGUACAAAUAAGGAAGCAAGUCAUUUUCCUGGUACUGGUCAAGAUGCUACGCCAAACACUCCUCCAGUGACUCGAAGCAGAAAUCUGAGGGGUCAGUCAUCUUUGUCUCGGUCUAGACUCAGGGAGAUUAGGGCUCUGAGUAUGCCCGACCUAGACAAAUUGUGCACUGAGGACUUUUCCACAGAACCUAGCAUUGUCACUUUUAAAACUGAACUGGAAAUUAGACCUAGGCGAUUUCAGGAAGCUCAGACUGAAAGCCUCAGUAGUCUAAACUCCACAUCGGGGCAAGUGAGGGUGAACAGAACUUUGAAGUGCAGUUUAAGCAGUGGCACUGGGACAUCUGGGUCUAUUUCUGAUGAGGAAACUCCUCAAGAUAAUUCAGACCAAUCUUUAAAUAAGAGCUGGUCGAUCAGUCUUAUCGAAUUAUCAUUUUCCACACUUGAUCAAAGCAGACUUCAGAGUGUUUUGACCUUUUUGAUGUCUAAAGCAAAUGUGGAAUCACUAAUCGCGGAAGCCAAGGCUCUGUCUGAGGGAAAAGAAAUAAUCUUUGUAGUUCUGGUCAAAGAAGAAGGUUCAGGCCUGGGUUUCAGCAUUGCAGGAGGUGUUGACUUGGAGCAAAAGUUUAUAACAGUUCAUCGAGUGUUUUCAAAGGGUGCAGCCAGCCUGGAGGGAACAAUUCAGCGAGGAGAUCACAUUAUCUCAAUCAAUGGAGUUUCCCUGACAGGAUCUUCUCAUGGCGAUGCUCUUUCAGCCUUGCACCAGGCCCGACUGCCAACACAGGCGCUAGUCGUUAUUAGAAGAUGGAUGGAGGCGCUGCCAACAUCGUCCGGACAAGAAGAGGAAAAUUUGAGAACAAGACUGACACAGUCGACAGGAAAGACUUCAGAUUUAGAUGUGAGCAACGCUGUGAAGGUGGAACUUCAAAAGACAUCUGCUGGCCUGGGAUUCAGCCUUGAUGGAGGCAAAGCUUCAAUCUAUGGUGACCGGCCUCUGUAUAUUAAACGCAUUUUUAAAGGUGGUGCUGCAGAGCUGUCUAGAGCCAUUGACAUCGGAGAUGAAGUCCUGGCCAUCAAUGGCAAAUCCCUGCAGGGUCUCAUGCAUUAUGACGCUUGGAACAUUAUCAAGGCUGUCUCGGUGGGGCCAGUGCAGCUACUUAUCAAGAAAAAUAAGACUUUGGUAUGACGAUAAGGCCCGUGGCUCAUUUGUAUAUAGUAGCUUAAGAGGAACUGUAAAACACUGUGGUGCCAAAAGGGUGGUUGCCAGAGUAUAGUGUAUAUAAAGCAUCUAUGCGUUUUAACUUUUUACAUUGAAAUAUGACUUUAUUGUAUAUAAGAAUAUAUUUAUGUACAUAUCUUUUUUCCUAAUCAAGUAUUUACGCAAUUUCUGCUGCUAAAGUAGUUACCCAUAAUACAUUUCGAGAUGAUGGCAGUUUAUAAAUCAAUUGGGAAAAAAUGUAUGGUUUUUUUUUUUUUCCUUUGGCUGUCUUGACUCUGCAGACAGGUGUUCAUAAUAAUUUAAUGUUGUAAAUGUUUCUUUAUAUAUUAAAAAGCAUUAAUUUGGCUUGUCACA